AGAGGAGAUAUCAUUUUGCCUUACAGAUCACCUUCAGAUCACCUUCGCGAUCGGGUCACUUGCACUUACGAGGUGCCCCCAAGUUCCGAACUGCAAUCGAUCGAUCCUGUGCCUGGCCAACAAAUACAGAGUUCCGCCGAGGUUACUGUUCACCUAACCCUUUCACAAACCGAAUCUGGGCCGAUCACCCAUGAUCCAGCGAGCGACUGCAAAAAAGAGUGCAAGCACGAUCACCUAGACGAGACUAAUCGAAAGUCAUGGUCAAUGAGCGAGGGAUGUUCAGAUAUUCAGGAAAAAGCACGAGAAAACACAGAGUUGGUGAGUGGUGAGAAAGGAAUACAGCAGCCACUUGCUUUGUGCGAUAAAAAAGAAGAAGGAAAAGAUUACGUAUACGCUGUGGUUCAUAAAGAAAGAAAAGGCGGAGCCAGUUCUGGAGCAAGCACUCUCAAAAAAUCAUCGGACCGCCCUCAGGAAGGAACAGGGUCACCGGUGAACCGGAGGUCCUGUGUCGAUUGUAAUGAUCGUUCGUCGCAUCCAACUGAUUUAGGACUCGACAAAAACACAGAGACUGCAGAGAGCGAGACACCUCAGGCUGGCGGGAACAGUGAAUAUUUGUACGCAGCUGUUGACAAGACGAGAAAGAAGAAACCGCCACAGGUAAUAAAUUUCACAAAUCCUGAGAACUUUCUUCCUUUUAUGUGGCAGUGUAUACUUAAGUAUGCCUAGGCAUGAUUACGUUAAGUCGGGCAGGCUAGCUGUGACCGAGAAAACAAAACCUAUAAAUAUAUAUUUACACAUCUAAAACUAUAUAUCUAAUUUGUUUAUAUUCAUUAAAAAAUUAGUGUCCAUAACUGUUCGCUUUUGUCCAUCAAAAAGAAAAAAAAAAAAAAAUUUUUGAAAUUCUUAAAAUAUUAAAAGAUAUAAAAAAUGUUUAUAUUUAAGUAAUUAGCUAAUAAGACUUUUCAUAAAAAUAUUAUAAAACUUGAUUAAUAUUAUAUGUUUUUAUAAGGAUUUAUUUGUUGAAAUGAACUAUUUUGAAAGUACUUUAAAUGAUCUUAUUAUUAUUAUUAUUAUUUUUAUUAUCAUCAUUAUUAUUUUAUUAGCAUCUUUUUUUGCUUCAGUGCUGUUUAAUCUAGGGAAAAAAUCUUGAUACAUUCACCUCUUCGAUUCAAAUUAUAAACCGAUGACAGUCAGGCGUGCAGCUGAAAUACGGCAGCUGGACUUGCUUUUAAGUAUCUAAAGGUUCCUCGAAAAACUACAUGGGUAUAUCAAAACUAACAGACAAACGAACAAAAAUAAGACCAAAAACAAAUCACAGCAAAAGGGCAAGACUGAUCUUGUCAGCUUAUCAUAUUCGUUUCGUUUUUUUUUUUUUUUCUCAUUAGCUACUAUGUUGCUAAUAUUAUUCGAUGUCGCUGGUUUCACGAAUUGCCUAUAAGAUAUCAUUCACUUUCUAAUGAUCUAGAAGCCCCCUCCAUACCGUGGUCUUGUGUACGCAGAUCUGGUCCAUUCCCGAGAAAGUAGCGCAAAGCUUGUCAAAGAACAGUCCCAAACAGUGUACGCCCAAAUCGAUCAUGCCAAGACAGCAAGCGUGAUGAUAUCGCAGCACAAUCUGGAGGGAAAAAAGAAAGGCGAACAUCAGUGAACUCUGUUCGUUUUCAAUACUAAAAAUAAUUUCACGAAGAACAUAAAAAUUAACUUAAACCUUAAAGAGAAAUGAUUGCUGUUAGAGAACUAUUAAAGUAUAUGUUUACAUGUAAGUGUCUUGCAUGUUCCCCAACCAUCAUUACAAGUUAUCCUUUAGGAUCAGUCUAACUAACAACUUUUACAAUGGUAAAAUAUUGUAACAAUAAGUAAUGUUGUGUACCAGAAUACUUACGAUGAUUUACUUUAAGGUACAUAAAAAACCGAACAAAAAAAAACAGUGUUACUUACAAGGGAUAAGUAUGUAUGGCGAUUAGUUGGAAAUCAGCAUGCUGCGCUCGGGCGUACAGAAGGAAAACCUUCCGAAGGUUCAAAGCACUUAGAACUUGGAAUUUAGCUCUAUGUAACUGAGAGGCUUUAUCUUUGUAUAGUUGAACUAUCAAGUGAAGUCAAGAGAUUAUCCUUAAUUUCUUUUCCCUUUUAUAAUUAAGUUAUGAAUUCCAAAGGCCUGACGACGUUUAAUUAAACUUCAGCGUUAGCGUAGUACUUGCUUGUAUUUCCAAAUAUCAUGGUAUGGUGUAUCAUAAAAUAAAACACGGCAAAUAAAUGAACAAUUUUAUAUAAUCAAUGGGAAAUAUUUGAUAACGUGAUUAGAUUAUUCGCGAUACAUAUUAUUCCUACUGAUGAAAAUGACACAACAAUCUGCCAGUAAAUUCUGGACGGAAAGGUACUCCGACAAUGCUUUAUUUUGUUUGUAUUGUGUGAAUUAUGUUAUGUCUCAAUCACUAAGCUUUGGAAUUCAAGCGAUCACUUAUCUUCCAAACUGACUAUUCGUGUAAAGAACAUCAGUAAUACCGGCUUAACUAUCACAGCAGUCAAACGUCGGGCAUGCGUAAGGGGAUCGAUUUUCGCCGGCCGCGUGCCAAUUUCCCGCUCAAAAUAUCCAAGGAAAACUUAAAAAGGACAGCUGCUAUCCUGGAAAAUAGGCGAAAGAAUAUUGAAACAUUCAGAGGAAUCUUCUAACAGACUAAAAAUAUAGCCGUUAAGCGCAAAAAUUGGCAAAUUUUAAACGUUGGUCGAUAAAAGAACCUUCACCGUAUAAAUUUUUCAUCUUAUCACGAUAAGGAAGAAAGUGAAACAUCAGCCGUAAAAUGGCCAAAUUUUUUAACGUUAGUCAAAAAAGCCAUCAACUCACUGAUACUCCUUUAAAAGGAAAAACAAAACUAUGGUAAGGAAAACUCCACUUUUUGAAUACAACAGGUUAUAUUUGAAAAAACCAUGACCUCCAGGUACGUGUAGUUGUUUGUAACUCGUGUGAGGCUACAUGGAUUUGACAGCCUGAAAGCACGCCAAAUAGUCAAUACCAGUUUCACACAUGCACAAACGUUUGACUGUUAUGUCCACUCGACUGUGCCGCAGGCCACUUUUUUGUUUCCUACCGCAUUUCGUCGUUACAUGUGAUCAUUUCCUUAACAGAUUCACAGCAACCUGGAAUUCAUUUGUCAAUUGGGUAGUCACGACUACAAACUUCCUGUUGCAUCAUACAAUGUAUUAUCGAUUCCGGCCUUUCUCGCGAAGUUGAUGACCAAAAAUAGAUGUGCGUAAACGUGUAUCAGUGGGUAGCGACAGUGUAUCGAGUUCUUGUGUCAGCCGAUUUCUCAGUACGGACUCGGAUUUUUAUUUGUUCUUUGCGACAAAUUAACAACACUCUUCAUUGUUUUCGGCCUUCAUACACACCCUCUUCCUCUGUUGCUUGACCUCGUGAUCUAGUUCCCUGUUUCCAUUUAAUGGCUUUAAUUUAACUGUUUUCUCGAAAAAGACCAUAUUUUCCACAAGUUUUCAUCAGAAACCGGCAGGAUUAUGAACAAUUUGGACGACAGAUCAGAGAAAACAAAAACAGAUAGUAUGUCAGAGUAAGGUGGAGCCCUUUCAAAGCUCUUCCUAAAUCAGUUCAAAACGUGACAAAGCAAAAUCAGAAAUCUUUCGGAGAGGUAAGUAAACAGAUAUGACCAGGCCCUCAACAUGAGGAGAUGAGCCAUCGUAUCACGUGGGCUAAAUAAUUUAGUGGGAAAAUAUAAUUCUCGAGAUUUGAAGCGCAGGUAAGUUGAGAUCACGUUCAGUCGAAAAAAAUUUUCCGGACUCCGACAGGAAUCAUCCGAUCAGUUGUUUCGGUCCUACUAUGUGCCUCUUAAGACGCUUUUCUGUCCGACGCGAAAUGACUGUUGGAAGAUUGCUAUAUCACUCUUCGAAUAUACUGAUGACUGGGUGAGGAACUACAUCUGGUUGACUCAGUGUUGAAUCUUAAAAAUAAUUUCUAAACUUUGCAUUGAACAAUCUUUCAGAAAAUAAGUCACUGACCCAAAUAUUUGCGGAAAUAUUGAUAAAAAACGCUCCAAAUUUCUUAAUCUAGCUUACAUGUAAAUAUCUUACUUGAAUGAAAGCUUUAAGUGAUCAAAAUCAGGUUACGCAUCGAUCUAUUUAUUUGCUUUUUUUGGUUUGUUUUUGUUCAAUCGCUAUCAUCACUGAAGCGAUAGUCAGGCGGAAACCCAAGUUACAGACAAGGUGACCGCAAUCAUUUCCAUAUACAUGUCCGAAUGCGCGUGGGUUUAAAUUUCUCUGGAAUCGCUCGAGUAUUCUUGUCUCAAGCAAUACCAAACAGUUAAUGACUUAAACGUUUAGGACUCGCAUUUGUAUUUAAUCUUCUCAUCUAUUUUAAAAUAAUGUAGGAAGAUUCCAAAAUUUUCUAAUCAGAAAAGUAUCGGCCUUCUUCAUAAAUCUUAGACUUCAUGUCUGGAAAAUGUGAAAUAUCACAAAUUCUUCCUACUGCCUUAAUUGUCAACCGUUUAGUCACCGGAAAUUAUUCAAUGAACUUAGAUGGAUAACAGCCCUAAAAAACCUGUGUUCAUCAACCGAAUUCAGGGAGCGUUAGAAUUAGAAAUAUAUCCUUUUCUAAUUGGUUAACCAUAAUGUAUUACAUGCCAGCAUAGAGAUGCGUCAUAUACAUUCCAUACUCUGUAGCUUCCUGUAGUUGACAAAUGUGUUGUUCAUUAACAAGCUGAAUUUUUCUUCGUUUUUCUCCUCAAGGAGCUUGACACCUUGGAAGAAACAUCGUUACGUUAUGCAAAGUACAGAGCAAGUCACUGAAGCGACACGGGGCCGGGAGUCCUUUGUUUUUCAGUCUUAGAUUAUUGCUGUAGCUUAGUUAUAUCUGGUGCGAGUUUAGUGUAUUCCUAACCACAUUGAUAUCAUUCUCGUAUGUAUUGUUAUAUAUCAAGGAUUACCAAACAAAACGAAAUGAGAUAAAGCGGAAUUAGUUAUGUGAUUUAUUCAAAUUAAUGGUGGAAAGGAAAGAAGAGAAUGUGCGUGACUAUUUUGGGGACGUUGAUAUGGUUUGAGUCUUCAAACUGGACAGACAUCUUCUCUUGCGCCAGAAAUUUAUCAAACUUUCUUUAAUGAGGGCAUUGAUAAAGAAAAUAAGAAUACUCACAUACUUAUUAUUUCUGUUAAAGUCGCUCCUUCUGUCAUGAUGGGGUGGGAUGGAAUAAAAACGGAUUGAACAUAGAACAUACGAUUCAGCUACGUUAAUCCCGAAGGAAGAAGAUGAUCCAGGAACGUUUAUUACAACUUAAUUUAUUCAACAGUCCACUGUUGACCAUAUUUAUGAGGUCACAUUCGGUAACAAUUACCAUACCUAAAUUUCAUUUUAUUUUGCGACAUGACAGAGUGGUUACAGAAAAAGACACGACUAUUACCAUGCACUCAAGCGAUUGUCCAUACAUACUAUAUCAUGUCACUCCAAAAACUCACCUACAACAGCUGGCUUAUAUUUAUCUAACAAAAGUAUGUCUUAUAUAUUAAUUAAGGGCCAUUUAGUUUAGAUACUGCUGCUAUUGGCAUAGCACCGUUUUGUUCGCAAGGGGCAGCGCAUGAUAAAAGUCCUUGACCGUAAUUUCAGCGCAACUCGAUCAUGCCCGAUAGAUGAUAUGACGGUUGUCGGCAAGCGGACACCUUUGUUCGGGGGUACAAAGUGCAAAGGGAGGGCAAAUGUUUCUCUUUUGUUGUCUGCUUAUAAGCCCGCAGUAAUUACGAUAGGCUAUUUUUACUCUUAGAGGUAAGAUUUCAAAAACAGGACUAGUAUAAUUUGCUCACCUAGAUUGAUGGUCAGAAUCGAGUCUUGCUGCAGUUGUACGGUAAACUAUCUGGAUAUAUGGCUAAAUGCAGCUCCUAUACCCCUACUUUUAAUGUAGAUGUCUAAUCCAAACUUUACCCUGAAAGUUUAUCGCCGCAUUUCUUGACCCCUUAUCUUCAUUUCUACUUUCUCAGAGCUCUUAUUGCUCGGAAAAAUUAACAGACCUAGUUGCCUUGCCAUUUCUUUUUCUUUUGGGCUACUUCAUAGACAGAUAUGUUUAAGUGAUGGGGGCAAUAUUGAGCGCAGUGAAAUUGAACUGAAAAAGACAAUAUUUGUUAAUGAUUAGGAUAAAUCAGCUCUUCUUCUUAAAAUUCUAGAUAAUUCGCUGCUGUUGAAAUCGAAAUUUUAUAGGGUGUUUAAGGAACAGAGCUGAUGGAAGCUUUUUGUUUUCGAUAUGGCAAGAUCUUGGGCCAUAUUUUAAGAACCACGCGCUUCAUUUUGUGAAACAAUAACAGGAACACAAAAAAACAAAAUACCGGCUUCAUCCCGCUCGCACUGUUUCAUAGCAAGCUACAAUAUCACUGCUAUCGCCCACUUAAGUUUUCUCUGAACAAUAGUCAGUAACCACAACUAUAACAUACUUAGCCGCAUUUUGAUGAAAUGUAUGUCCUGCGGAAAACCUUCUUAAUUCGGGAAAAUAAUUAAAUUGACUGAACAAAUAUGUUCGCCGGCUGUUAACCGUGAUUUUGACAAUAAGAAACAAUCGUUUUCUGGGUGUUAAAUGUUUAGGAAAACCGCCGGAUAAAGAGACGGAAUACUUCAAUUCACCGGCUGGAAAGCAACGGGAAACUUUGGAUUGUCCAUUAACAAAAAAAUUCCAGAAAGCGUUUGUAUAAUGCCACUUUUUCCAAGAUUAAGAGCUUAUUUUCUGAUCAGGUAAAAAUAAUUUUAUUUGACAUGAAUAAAUAGGCAUUAAUAUUGAAAUCAUCUGAGAGCAAGUGUGAGACACCAUAGAAAAUCAUAUGAUUGAACACCCCUAAAAUGCUAGUUUGCCGUUUCCAUAAUUAAGAUCGUGAUGUAACGGAGCUACCCAGCUUUCCUUAUUUCUUUUAACUGAAGUUUGUAGUCAGUUUUCUCAACGAAUAUAAUUAACCACACUUAUACACGCGUGAUUCAGAUGAGGCUCUUUAUACGUACAGUAAUACCAUUAAUCAUAGCGAAUUCAAUAAAAGGCUUUGGAAACCAUUAAACGGGUGAGCACUGCCUGUGCUGUUUCAUUUGCACUUCAUAAAGUUUCAUUUUUCGUUAUUUCAGCCUUGACUUAUUCAGGCAGAUAACGUUGUUUUAAAAGCAAAACACGACAAAACAAAAAAAAGAAAAAGAAAAGAAAGGAAUCUGCUUAAGGAGAAUUGUUUGAGUAGCCUAGCCUAUCCAUUGUUCCUUCAAGGGUGAAAAGAAAAUAAAAGAUAACCGAUUCUUCUAGAUGGGUUUGCGGAUAAGAGCUUGUGCAAAAUUCUAUCCCCGAACAACUCAAAAAUUUCAGCUCAACCUAAACACUACAUUAAGGCAUAAACUUGUCCAACAUUUCUUAAUUUCUACCGUCUCUUCCCUCUCCAGUGGAGUUGAUUUAAGUGUAAUGUUAAAAGCGCAAAAUGCUGGACGCAAUGGAGGCCAAAUUUCAGUUUUUGUGCCCAGUUACGUACUCCACCUAUCAGAAAUUCGAAGAAUAACUCAAACUAAAGAAUAAGUUUAUUUACCUUAGCGUAUACCUGCUUUACUACUUCGCAUCAUGCCGAAAUUUUCACUGGAAAAGAAAAAUAAACAACACUAGGUUUUACAUGUUUACGACAGAAGCAGUGGAUUAAAGCCGGUUUUUCGUUUGUUUUCUGUUGUCUGUGCCGUUGUAUUUGUUACUUAAGUAUUGCCACAUCGAAAAACAAACAAACAAACAAAUUAAACAAACAAGAACAAAAAACUUCCGUCAGCUCUGUUCCUUAAACACCCUAUAAAAAUUUCGAUUUCAACCUCACUGAACAUUUCGACCGUAUCUGCAGUAAACAGGAGUCUACAGGAAAUUAUGAGGAGCGCUGCUUGUUCUUCAUUAUUGUGUGCGCUUGGUGUUGCUAAUGUUACUGAAGACCAUGUCAUCAAUGGUUAGUACAUUCAUCCUUAAGUAUAUAAUUAUACUUUGAAUUCAUCUUGGUAAAAUAUGAAGUGAAGGUGAUCAAACGAGUACACUGUAAAUGUAUCUUUCUUGCGGGGAUGUUGCUGGGACUGACUCAAUGCUUUCCUUUGAAAGAAGGUCAGUUUUGUUUACAUUUGGCAAGGAAAGCGAACAAGGUCGGCGUACGGUUGAGGAAAACAUGUUUAAAAGGAUAUGUGUCAAUUAUCAUAACUUGAUACUCUAGAAAUCAGCUUCCCUCUGCUUCCGUCAGCUCUGUUCCUUAAACACCUUCUAAAAUUUCGAUUUCAACCUUACUGAACAUCUUAGACAGUUUUUGCGCUAAAUUGCAAUCAAUGGGAGAUUUGAGGACCGCUAUUUGCACAAUAUUUCCGUUUGCAUUUGGCUUUACUAAUGGUACUGAAGACCAUGCCACAAAUGGAAAGCACAUUUCUCCUUAAGUUUUUAAUUAAUAAUACUUUGAAUUCAUCCUUGUAAAAUAUGAACUGAAGGCCCUCGAACGUGUAUACAAUCAAUGUAUCUUUCUUGCGGGGACUGUGCUCCAACUGUUUCAAUGCUUUUCGUUGAAAGUACGUUAGGUUUUCAAAGACAACGCUAUGGACAUUGCUUAUCCCAGCAGUAUGCAGGACGCGUGUCACAUGAACUUCGUAGUAGAUAUCGCUCACCGGAGAGUCUUUGUAGCGCAGUGGUAAAGUAUCGGGGCGCUGAAUGCGAAGGUUUGAGGUUCGAUUCCUCUUGGAGACUCAGAAAUUUUUCUUUGUCCCACGCUCGUGACAAGACGAAAAACAUCUUUCUUUAUUUCUUUACCGAGCUAAAAAUUUACCAUCUCUCUUAUUCUAUUAACGUCAGGUUUGUAUACAUUUGGCAGGAAAAAGCGAACAGGGUCGACGCAUGGGUUGGGGAAAAAAAUUACAAAGGAUAUGAGUCGAUUAUCAUUACUAGAUACUCCACAAAUCAGCUAUAAAGAAGCUAAACGAAAAAGUUUUAAGUCCUAACCACUUAUAAAACUAGCGCAAAAGCGAGAAAAAUAUAAUUUGUGAGGGAAUAGUAAAAGCUUUGCACUGAAGCAACCGGAAUUUGCAGUUCUCUUUAUCGUCAAUUACUUACGAAAUUAUUAAUAUUGUUCUUCUUUCAACUGAACUACUGCUGCAUAUUAUAUUUCGAUUCAAUUUAUAAGUUCGCGUUUUUGCGUGAGGUUGUGCAAGAAUUAUGUAACAGCGGUAACGUUUUAUUUCUCGCCAGUAUAGGAAACUAACUCAGUCGUUUAGUUAGUUUUCGCUUGCGCCGUAACAUUUUUGUUUAAGAGUUUUACUACCUAAUCUCGUUACGCCUCAAAUUGUAAGUUGGUUUCUAUUUCAUGUAGCUUUGCCGUUAUUCUUGUUGUUGUUAUAUUUGUACUUAGAUAUUCGUAUUUCUGAUAAUUUUUUGUCGAAUCACAUUUACACAUCUUUACAUCUAAAUGUUUGGCUCUCUGACAGAAAGAUUAAACGUGCAUUCAUGUUGUGGCGUAAAACAUGUAGUAUUUAGCUACAUACACGAUUUUAUAUAUAAACGCCUACGUAUUUGCAUCAGUUACCAUAAUGUAGAAACAAAGUUCAAGUUCACCUUUAUCUCAUUAUACAUGGGAUUGAAGGGAAAGGGAAGGUGGAUACCACCCCUCAGGUGUUUUUUUACUUAUGUAGUGAUCUUAUCUUGGCAAUUCAAAGUUUCGUUCACUAAAUCGCUACUGCACCAUGGCAGAUGUAAAAACUUUCGUGUAUGUCAGAGGGCUUUAUUCAGUUCUCCUUCUGUGCAGCUUCUUCUAAUUCUUGAAUGAUAUAUACAAUUUAAAGAUAUAUACUUGUUCGUCUUUUUUCUCUUUUAUUGGUCGGCCUCCCAUAUACUUUAGUUAUGGUCUGCUCCAAGUAUUAUUUCCACAAGGAAAUAAUUGACUGGAGGAGAGCCAGUGAAAAAUGUAGCAAUCAAGAAAAUGGUUCACUUGUCUCUAUGGAAACCGAAAAAGAAUGGCUCUUUUUCAAGAACUUAACCAAAGUGCGAACCAAGAAACGUUGGCUCAUUGGCUUUGAAAGAGUUGAUAGAUCUCAUACGUGGCACUGGUUGAGUGGAAGCAUCGCCUGGGUCAACGGGAUAUCAGCUGGAACAUGGCGUUGGAAUAAAGGAGAACCAAACAAUCUUGAAACAGAAAAA